AUGAGGGACGUUGUCAUCGGCACGGCGGGGCAUGUCGACCACGGCAAGAGCGCCCUGGUGCGUGCCCUGACCGGUAUCGAUCCCGACCGCCUGCAGGAGGAGAAGGAGCGCGGUAUCACCAUUGAUCUCGGAUUCGCGCAUUACCGGCAGGGUGAUAACACCAUUGCCUUCGUGGACGUGCCGGGCCAUGAGCGUUUCGUGCGCAACAUGAUUGCCGGCGCGAGCGGCAUAGACGCCGUGCUGCUGGUGGUGGCGGCGGACGAGUCGGUGAUGCCGCAGACUCGCGAGCACUUCGAUAUCUGCCGGCUCCUGAACGUCGACAGAGGUUUGGUGGCCUUGACCAAGUGCGAUCUGGUCGAUGCCGAGAUGCUGGAGCUCGUACGGCUGGAAACGCAGGAACUGCUCGGCGGGUCGGGGCUGGAGGACGCGCCGAUCGUCCCGGUGUCGGCCAAGACGGGAGCCGGCCUGGAAGAGCUGCGGGCCGCCCUCGCCGCGGUGGCGGCGGCGCCGCCGCGCGCGGCCGACAAGCCGGUGCGCCUGCCGGUGGAUAGGGCGUUCGCGGUCCGCGGGGUCGGCACCGUCGUCACCGGUACGCUGGUGUCGGGGGAGAUUCGCGCCGACAUGGAGCUGGAGGUGUUGCCGGCCGGCCGGCGGGUGAGGGUGCGCGGCGUACAGGUGCAUGGCCAGGCAAGGGCGACUGCGGGAGCCGGGCGGCGGGUGGCGGUGAACCUGCACGGCAUGGAUGCGGACGAGCUCCGCCGCGGCGACGCGGUGGUGGCGCGCGGCGGCUUCGACACGACGCGCCGGUUCGACGCGUCCGUCACCCUGCUGCCGGAUGCUCCGGCGCUGCGGCACGGCGCCCGCGUGCGCUGCCACCACGGCACCGCGGAGGCGAUGGCCCGGAUUGCGUUCUCCGCGCCAACAGCGCUCGAGCCGGGGGACGGCGCGUUCGCCCGCGUGCGGGUCGAAGCGCCGCUGGCGCUGACGCGGGGGGAUCGGUUCGUCCUGCGGGCGUACUCGCCGCCGGUGACCAUCGCCGGUGGACAGGUGUUGGACCCGUUGCCGCCGCGCGGGCGCUUCCGCUCUCCGCGCGGUGUCGCCCGGCUGCGGCGCCUUGCCGGCGCGGGCGGCGACGCUGAGAGCCUGUUGGUCAUGGUGGAAGAAGGUCGUGGCCGGGGAGUCGCGCGUGAGGCGCUGGCCCGGCGGCUGGGGGUCACGGCUGCGUCGCUCGACCGGACGGCUGCUGCGCUGGAGGCCGAGCAGGGUGUCGUUGCCGUCGGCAACCGGCUGGUCGCGCCGGCUGACUUGCGCGUCACGCGCGAGGAACUGCUCGCACUCGUCGCGCAAUUUCACGCAGCACAGCCGCUCGCCGCGGGUCUGCAGCGGGAGGAGGCGCGGGAGCGCCUGAGCCGCCGCGCGGCAGCGGCCGUGAUCGAUCAUGUCGUCGCCGGGCUGGUGGCGGACGGCAGGAUCGUUGCGACCGACCAUCUCGCGCUGGCAGACCACCGCAUCGUGCUGUCGGCGGACGAGGUGCGGGUCCGGGAACGGUUGGAGGAUCUCUACGGCGCUGCGGGUCUGGCCCCGCCGGAUAGCGGACAGGCGGCGGCUACGGUGGGCGCGCAACCGGCGUUGGUCGAUCGGAUGCUCGAGUUGCUGGUUCGCGACGGAACCCUCGUGAGGGUGGAGGGGCUGCUCUUCCACAAGGAGCGCCUGGACCGUCUCGCGGUGGAGGUGGGGCGGUUGACGCCCGCCGCGGAUGGACCUGCGCGGAUUGACAUCGGCAUGUUCAAGGAGCGCUUCGGCGUUUCGCGCAAAUACGCGCUCCCGCUGCUUGGCUAUCUGGAUCGCAUGCGCGUCACGCGCCGCGUCGGCAACGUAAGACUGGUGCUGUGA